AUGUCUCUAUUCGCAAGUUUCUUCGGCCUAUUCAAAAAUGCUGAUCUUGUCCCUAGUCGUCAAGGCUUCACCAGAGGCAAUACCAAGAGCACCCAAAACCUCAAGGCUCAGUACAACGGCUCCCAGUCACCCAACUCUCAGCAACUCCCCCCCAUGCCCCCCUUGACCAAUUCACCCUCGAUUUCCUCCACUUUCAGUCAGGAGAGUGUGUACAAUGAGCAGGAACCUAAGAAAUUUUUAAAUGAGAAAUACGCCAAGUGCUCGGUGAAAGGAAACUUCUUGACUCUGGCUGCGCAGCCAAAAAAUGUCGAACUGGGAGAAUGGCUGGCCCAUCAACUGGUUGAGAUGAACCGACUGCUUACAGGUAUGAUUCAAGUCAUUCAAGAGGUGGACACCAACACUGGAAUGCCCUUAUGCAACGAAGUUGGUUGUCCUACAAUGUCUGCCGGCCGUCUCACGUACACCUGGCUUGAAAACGGAAGGCCCGCCAAAAUUCCAGCACCGUCAUACAUCGUUCGAGUUCAGAGAUGGAUCGUCGGCAAGAUUCAUGACGAGAACGUUUUCCCAACUAGCCCACCACCGAACGUGGCCAGCACAGCCUACGCAUCUGGAGACACAGGUUCCACACCAGGAUCAGCAACCACUCCCAUUGCGGCUGGCCCUACCAAUCUCAACCAAUCCCUGACCUCUCUGGUAGGCGUUCCAGAUGAGUGGGUGGGCAAGCCGUCAGGGUUCCCUCAACAUUAUCAUCAAGAUGUCAAGAGCAUUAUCAAACAGAUGUUCCGAUGCUACGCUCACUUAUACCACUGUCACUGGGACAAUCCAUUCUGGCAUAUCAACCGUCACCUUGAACUGAACAGUUGUUUCGUUCACUUUAUCACCGUCGCCAUGUACUACGAUCUCUUGCCAAAGAAGGAUAUGGAGCCACUUCAGGGACUUGUUGACAUCUUCAUCGCGCAAGGCGUUGUGCCAAAGGAAGCUGUACAGCAACAUGUCAGCUAA